ACCAGACAUGACUAUUUGGAAACGUAUAAAAUUUACAUUUUGGAAAAGGUCAUAAGAAGUACAAACUGUUUUGAUUUUCUAUAUGUACAUGUAUUUUGUCAUGAUAAGAAAAGCUCAGGAAGAUAACAGUAAAAAUGUAAGAUGUUAAAAUAGGUAAAAGACAUAAUAAACCAAAGAUGGCACACACUGAGGAAUCUGUAGAAACAACUUCAGAUUUUGAGAAUUUCAACAAUGGAGAUGUACCGGCUGAAUCUUUAGAAAUGGUUGAUGUUCGUGGUUUUCUUGCUGAUUCGACGAAACUGAAAGAUUUUAUUACCUGUAGAAAUUGCAAGCAGGAAUUUGAUCACGAAGCUCACAAACCGUUUCUGCUCCCCUGCUUACAUGCCAUAUGUAAAAGCUGUACUCAGGAUAUUUCAACUAUAGAAAAACAAGGAUUAGAAUGCGACGAGUGUCAUGGCAUUCAUAUUUGUUUUCAAAAUGGUGAUUUAUCCUUGCAAGUUGACAGUACGAGAGAAAUUGCAUCAGAAAUCUUACGUCUGACGAAAGGCGACUCUAGCUUGAUUUGUGAAAUGUGCACAAGUCAUAAAAUAGCGUCACAUCGCUGUUCGGAUUGUUCUCUUUUCAUAUGUGUUGAAUGUGUGAAAUUACAUUCAGCUAUCAAACCGUUCAAAUCACACACUGUUUUGGAAAUUAAAGGUCUUUUAAGCGAAGAAAAAAAUUGCAUGAGCUUGUUUAGGAAAACAGUACAUUGCCCAGUGAAUGGGCAUGAAAAUGAAACGCUGAAAAUGUACUGUUUAGACUCUGCCUGCAUGAAACCUGUCUGCGUUCUGUGCUGCAUCACUACUCACAAGGAGCAUGCGUAUUGUAACGUAGCAGAGGUCGGGAAAGAAAACAAAACCAAAAUAGAGAAUACACUUCAAAACGUUGCUUCGAAAGUAGAUCAAGCUCAAAAAACUGUUACAGAGUUGCAAGAUAUGAACGCAAAAUGUAUGCUGGACUCUCAGCAACUUCAGAACGAAAUAAAAGCACGGUUCAGCGAAGCAAAAAAAGCUUUAGAACUUAGAGAAAAAAUAUUAUGUGAUGUCGUAGCUGAACAGGUGAAUGACAAACAAAAAUGUAUUGAAAAUGAGAAGAAAAAGAUAACAUCAUAUAUCAACUCGUGCAAACAGGCCUGUUAUUAUUGGAAUAUUUCACCAAAACUGAAUGAUCACCAGUCUUUCUUAGCCAUUGGCGAUUCUAUUCAGUCACAACUUGAAAACCUCAAAAGACAGGAAAUUGAAAAACAGGUCAGCAUGGAUAUCAUGAAAUUUUCUCCGAAACCUUCAGAUGCAUGUUUGACUUCAUCAAUAAACAGUUUUGGCAAAAUAUUAGUUACAAAGGUCAAUCCAACCAAAUCUAAAGUAGUUGUUUCACCUCCAGUCUGCUAUCAAGGCGAAGAAGUACAUUUUCAAAUCCAAUUACACUCUUCUAACGGUAUACCAAUAGUUGACGAAAAUGUCAGUGUACAUCUGAAAAACAGAAGAAAAAUCAUGAAAUCCGUUCUGUGCUCCUCUGGUACAUCAUCAACUACUUUUACUGGAAUAUGGGUUCCAGAUAGAGCACUUCAGUUUUCUUGGAUCGUAGUCAGUAAUGAGAUCGAAUUGGAGACCUUGGAGGGAAUGAUAGAAGUACAAGCUACAAAAAUAGAAUGUGAUAUACUAAAAGAAAAGGCAUAUUGUGUUAUUUGCAUGGAUGACCCAACAGAUCCAAAACAACUUCAAAAAUGUGGGCAUAUAUUUUGCAAAGAGUGCAUUGAGCAGUACUUUGAGUACAAACCAAAAUGUCCUAGCUGUGGCACAAUCUACGGGAAAGUGACGGGAGACCAACCCCCAGGAACAAUGUCAAUUACGACAAACGGUAGUAGACUGCAAGGAUUCAAUGACAGCAUUGGAACAAUUGUUUUUACGUUUAUUUUUAACAAUGGAAAGCAAGGGGAAGAGCAUCCAAAUCCCGGAAACGUUUACAAAGGGAUUAGUCGUUCGUGUUAUCUCCCAAACAAUAAGAAAGGCAGGCUUAUAGCUAAGCUACUCAAUGUAGCAUUCAGUAGGCGGUUGGUGUUUACCAUUGGAUGGUCAAGAACUACAGGCCGUGAUGGAGUAAUUACUUGGAAUGACAUACAUCACAAAACUAGAAUGGAAGGAGGGCCAGCAAGAUUUGGAUACCCUGACCCAUCCUACCUAGACCAAGUGUUGGAGUCGUCGGGGGCCAACGGAGUCACUGAGGAGUCGGCUGAUGAUCCAGAGGAAUACCAGGAGUAUUUACAACAGAUUGGAUUUUAGCUGUAUACAAGUUUCAGAGUGGAUUCAGUAGAAUCAUUGUUUUGAUGUUUGUUUGAUUAAAUAUUGUAGUAUGCAUAUAUGAAAGCUACAUUCUUACUUUAUUUUCGUAUGAAUUUUCAUGCUUAAAAGAAGGUUUAUUCAUAUGAAUGGUAAAUGAAGUUACUACAUUAAAAUAUCUAUAACAUGAAUUGUACAUGGAACCGUUUAUAUCUUUUUUAUUCAAAAUAUAUUGUACUUAUAUAAUAUUAGGGUUCUAAUCUUUAUUUUAGAAUUUGAAAUUAUUAUGUAUAUACCGGUAAAUCAGACAGCUGAUUGUUUACAUGUACAUGCGCGGAAUCUGAUGCACUAACAACAUAUAAAAUACUAUCAUUAUGUUGGUACAUGUUAUUCGGUACGAUCUCAACAUAAUAAUUGAUUAAUGCAACAUGUUUAAUUAAGAUGCUCAGCAAUUUUGAUCUAAACGGAGAUUAUUCUC